AUGCGAGGAGAGAUGCUCAGCAGGAUCCACGACGGUCACCUUGGAGUGUCGAAGUGUCGAGAACGGGCCACAUCUUCCAUUCGGUGGCCUGGUCUCAGCUCCAAGAUACGGGAAGUUGUCUCAAGAUGCGACCAUUGCCAGCGGAAACGUCCAGCACAACCAAGCGAACCUCUAACCCCGACAGCUCUACCUGAGCGGCCGUUCCAGAUGGUUGGUGCUGACCUCUGCAACUACAAGGGACAUAACUACCUGGUACUCGUGGACUACUUUUCACGGUACUUGGAGGUGGCCUACAUGCCAGACACCACCUCAGAGACUGUCGUGUACAAACUGAAAAACGUCUUCGCUCGGUUUGGCAUUCCAGAACUACUGGUGACUGACAACGGUCCUCAGUUUGUGUCAGACCGUUUCCACAAAGCAACGGUGGGUCGGAGAGAGCAGUCGGGGAAAGCGAAGAAAGCCCUGAGUCAGGACGACCCAUUUCUCGCACUCCUGAUCUACAGGUCUACACCGGUGUCACCGACGGGGGCGAGCCCAGCGGAACUUGCUCUUGGGCGACGCCUGAGGACGCCCCUGCCAACUCUACCGUCAAACCUGAACCAGCAGGUCUACGACAGGGCGAAGAUUGCAGCCAGAGACGCUGAGUCGAAGCGUAAGUACAAACAAGCUUUUGACAGACGGCACGGAGCCCAGAACCUCCCGGAGCUGAAUCCUGGUCAGCUCGUCCUGCAGAAGCUGGAGAACGACAAGGAGUGGCGUGGCCCUGCGGUUGUCAAAGAACGGUGUGCACCGAGGUCUUACAUCAUACAGUCUGGGGAUAGGGCUUACCGCCGGAACCGCAAACACCUGAAGCCCUACGUCGACCCUCCUUCCAUGCCUUCUUCACCUGUUGCCACCCCAGAGCCUACUCCAAUGUCCGUUCCCUUACCUCCGCCACCAGCUGUCCAGCCGGUGGAGCCUGAUGUCACACCACCAUCACCUCAGCCAGCAGCCGUUCCAGCCAGUCCAGCUCCAAUAACUACACGAAGUGGACGAGUGGUCAGGAGACCCGCUCGUUACCCGGACUGA